AUGUUCGAGAAAGUCAAACGCUCUAGAGACGCAGUUGAUCGUGCGCUGCUACCUCGUAGUGCCACCCGUUCAGGACGUAAGUCGUUUAUCACGGAGAAACUCGCCCGACGACUGCUUCGCAAGGCUGCAUCAGAGAGCUUCUCGGCACUGCAGCUCAAGGGUCGACUGCAACUUCACUUGCUCGCCACCACGUUGGCGCCACGCGCUCGACUUCGACCCGGGGCAUCCCCGAUAUCACGCACGCACGACACCACCAACAUCAAGACGCAGAUGGCUGAGGAGGAUCGGGCAGAGGAGGAGGCACGCAGGCUCGAGAAACAACGCUUAGACCAUCAUUCCAAGUGCAGCACGACUCAUGGGCCACACCCGAACUACAUCCGCGAAAAUUCCAAUCACCGCGUGGCAAUGGAUGAUGUUUGA